AUGGAAAACGGUCAGAGCCAGCGGCGCAAGUUCAAGUUCAUGCGCCGGGAGACAUGCGACACCCAACAACAAUACGAUACAUGGUGCCAGCAAAAUUGCGGCAAUUCGCCGCAAAAUCAAGCCCCUGCCUCACUCGGCGCAUACAAUGUUCCAUUAUGGAAUCCAAUGGACAUGAAUCCGAUGGGCCAACAAACUGAUGCAACGGCGGGCAUGCCUUUUACGAACCCGCAAUUCUUCAUGAACAACUCAAUACCGCCAUUUCCUAUGAUGCCGUUCAAUCCAAUGCAAGCAUUUCAGGGCAUGCAACCAAUGAGUACCAUGGCAGGACCUGCGGCACAGCUGAGCCAAAGGGAAAGACAACGAUCAUCAACGCCACCAAUGACGGUUCCGACGCCAAAGAAGACGUACAUGCAGCAAGCCUGUGGGAAGCCACAGCAAGCUCCAAAACGUCCAUUACUGGUUAUUCUCGAUUUAAACGGUACUCUGAUUUGCCGCAAACAUCGUAAAUUACCGCCUGUCUUUGCCGAACGUCCUGGACUGAAACAUUUCCUGGAUGAGCUUUUUCAAAAUUACUCUGUUAUGAUCUGGACCAGCUCUAAGCCGCCGACUCUCAGUGCUAUCGUCAAGCUUUUGUUCCCUUCUAAGGCCCACAAACGGAAACUCGUGGCUUGUUGGGGCCGCGACAAAUUUGGACUGUCCAAUAGACAGUACAAUGCUAAGCUGCAGGUAUACAAGCAGUUGCAUAAAGUGUGGAAUGACCAAGACAUCCAGCUUGCCUACCCAGGCAACAGUCCUAAAAAGAAGGGUCCCGCGCUACAGGAAGGCCAAAACGAAAACAAUGCUGCACCAAAACUUCAAUUUCCUGCGGGUCAGCGCUGGGAUCAGACAAAUACCGUCCUGAUUGACGACAGCAAGCUCAAGGCUCUAAGCGAACCGUACAACAUCCUUGAGGUUCCAGAAUUCACCAACGAUCCCAAUAUUGACGAAUCAACGCUCUUUCAAAAAGUCCUCGCAAGGCUGGACGUACUCUCUCGCCACGACGACGUCAGCAAAGUAUUGCGUGUAUGGGAGGAACGCCAGACGCAACAGAACUGCAAGACCCUGGAUCUCGACAUCAGUCCUGAAAUGGCUCCAGAAAUUGAUGACGACCUUGAUCUAUCUGAAGAUGGCGGGGCCAAGCUCCCUCCGGUAUUGCCCACGGCAAGCCAAAAGACGCCAGGCGUAACGUACACUGAAGCAGAAAAGAAGGCUUUCAAAAAGGCCAGGAAAGCUGAGAAGAAAGCGAAGAAAAAGGAAGCCAAAGAACUGGACGAUGCUAAACAGGCCGCUGCCGGUGCCCGACGUGCUGCUGCUGCUGCUGCUGCUUCCGUACCUUCUCUCGAUGAGGUAACAGCCACUGAUACUACGAAGUCCGAACUACCAUCAGAGGAGGCUGCCAAGGGAUCCAAGUUAAACCGCAAAGCCCGAAAACGCCGCAGAGAAGCCGCAGAGCUUCAAAACACAAAUCUGCCGGGACUUGGCUCCGUGCUUCCUACAUCUUCUGCCCAGAUCUCCAGUAAAUCACGGUACAAAUUUCGCGCUCGAGAACCAAUUGAAUCAGCACCAGAAGAUGCAGAGAUGACAGAUAUUCCGGUGGAUUCAUCUUCACCAGCUGCUUUCACAAACCCCGACCCUUCCAGCGCCGUUCACUCCGCUGCUGAGGACCUUCCAGUCUUCAAGUUAAACUCACGUCACCGUUCAAUCUCCCCUGCUACAUCCGAGGAAUCCACGAACUCGCUUUUGGAUCGUUUGGAAGUUGGACUUGGGAUGAGGAAGGAUUGA